UCUCUCUGAAACGUGUAGCUGAUGACUGCCUUCAUACAGGGCAAAGCCGUAUAAAGGGGUACAGAUGAGUGAAUUUGGAGACACGACGUUAACAUUUCUCACAGUUUACUUCACAUAAGCCCUCUUGUAGACGACAUGAUUUCGGCACUCCAGAGAGUUGCCCAUGUUUGCGUGAAAAAUGUCUCUUUACCACAAGUGUCCUGGGCACGGUGUCUGGCGAGCGUCGGUUGUUCGUCAAAUCCGCGGCCGGACGUAUCGAUGCCGCCACGGCUGCCGUCCUGGCCGCUGCCGACGCUGACCUGGCCCUCGCCGCCGUCACCUGCGCUGCGUCUGCCUUCGCUGGCGCCGGCCAUCCUGCCUCUACCGUUUCCGUCGCCGUCGCUGCCUCUGGCGCCACCCCCGACCAGUGGUGACGUUACGCGGCGAGAGGCGGCGCGCCUCAUCGUGAUCCGGCGCCGCAAGAUGCGGAAGCACAAGCUGAAGAAGCUGCGGAAGCGCAUGCGCUUUGUCUGGGCCAAAGUGAAGCUACGCAGAUCGAUCCGGCGGGAGAAGGCUUUUCAGUCAGAACAGAUGGGCAUGAUUGCGGUGGCGAAACAGUUCGACGCGCGUCAGUAUGUUGACGAAGUCAUCGAGAAGAGUUCUACGCUGCCCAUGGCGACUGUGCGCCACGGCAAGAGGCUGCCGUACUUCAUCCGGCUGCAGUUGGAGGGUGACAACAUCCUCAAGCCCCUCAAGUAGCUGAUGAAGUCCAUCUCCAGCGUGGGGGUGGUAGAAGUGUGUGGUUUUGUUACAAAUAUACUUGCGGUGGGACAUGUC